AAUUUAAGAAUCGAGUCCCUGAUUGGGGUUGAUAAUUGUCUUCUAUAAAAUUAGUACGUACUUAUUUCUAUACUUCUUAUAGUCAAUGGUUGCUAUCUUGCUAUCCACGAAUUCUGUAUUAAAUAGAAGUUAGGUUAGGUUAGGUUGCGAGUCUUAUUGAGCUCAUGAGGUGAUUGUGAUUGGGCUUGUUCAGCUUGGUGGCUUGGUGGCUUAGACAUUGCAGUCUGUUACAGUCAAUCACAAAUUGAUUGCAAUUAGGAAUAACUGUAUCGUGCAUCACAUUUUAUACAGUAUUUAUUCUACGCGUGAGCGAUUAUGGCGUCCAAAGUCACAUUCAAAAUAACUCUCACGUCCGAUCCCACUCUGCCAUUUAAAGUACUUAGUGUACCAGAAAAUACACCAUUUACUGCUGUAUUAAAAUUUGCUGCUGAGGAAUUUAGAGUGCCACCAGCUACGUCAGCCAUAAUUACAGAUGAUGGCAUAGGAAUUAAUCCUCAACAAACUGCAGGAAAUGUGUUUCUUAAACAUGGCGCGGAGCUCAGAUUGAUUCCCAGAGAUCGCGUUGGAUAUAUUAGAUGAUUUAUAUAAUAUCAUAUUUAUGUUUAUUGUCUCAACAUAUUGCAUAAAAAAUAAUGGAAAAAAAAAUUAUUGCUCGCGAAAUAUUAUAAAUGUGCAUAUAUAUAUAAAUCACGGUUAUAUAUGAACGUUAUGUUUUCACAAUAAAAACAUUCCUCAAGCUUUCUGAAUUAAAUAAUCUGAAUUAUAAGAUA